AUGUUAAAUUUAACGCUGGUUUUAGAGGAAAAGAAGGUGCCAACGGCUCACGCACAAGGCGUAUUAGGGAAAAAAGCAGCCCUGCCUUGCGAUAUUCAACCACUGGCUGCAGAAGACCAUGUCUCCAUGGUACUGUGGUUCAAAGAGACGGAUGGAGAACCGCUGUACAGUUACGAUGUCCGCGGUCGUCUAGCUACACAGCCAAAACUCUGGUCAUCUCCUGCUGGCUUCGGCACAAGAGCAUACUUCAGAGCAGCUGCUAAUCCAGCUGUUUUGUUCGUGGACAGCGUGGUCUCCACUGAUGCAGGCGUAUACAGAUGCAGAGUGGAUUUUAAAAAUAGCCCUACUAGGAAUUUGAAGGUCAACUUCACUGUUAUUAUAUCUUCUCUUGUUGAGAUUGGAAACUGUAAUAAAGUCAAUAAUGGCCCGGACGUACAGAUAAAAAUAACGAAAGAAGUUGAGAGUCGUUAA